UAGCGUCUCGUUAUGCGACGUUGCCAACUGUAUUGACUUAAAGUACGAAGGAACGAAGACAUGUACGCGCGUGGAUUGUAUGUAGAACUUAAAGCCGGCAGCUUUUUGAUUAAAGAUCACGCAAGAAUUUGCUAAAUAAUACUGCUAAACAUUGCAAACGAACUAAUAAUUUAUGUGAUACUCAUGGCAAUAUUGAGUUUUUGUGAUAAUCAAGAUUUUCUGUUAAAAGUGAGAGUGAAUUCACUAAAAACAUAAGACCCUUUCAGUAACGAAUUUAUGUGAAGUAUAAGUACAAGGAUUUAUAUAUUAAGAAAAGGACAUGGUUGGUAGAAUUUGUAGAACACAAUAAUCAUUUUGAAGCUGCAAGGAAGGAUAAAGAAACUGGUCAGCCUAAAGCGGCUAUUGUAAAAUGGGGGAUCGGGGCGCGACGGGGGGCGCUUGGGGUGCGCGCGACGAGGCCUCGUGGUGGCCUGGAAGCGCAGGGGAUCUACAGCAACAGCAGCAACAACAGCAACAACAACAACUAAAUGAGGAUAUUGCACGAAGCACAGCUGCUGCAACGCAUCAGUUAUACACAUAUAAAAUGACUGGUGGCUUUUCAAAUAAUGGCGGUGAUAACUCUACAUCUAGUUACGAUUACCGCCUGGUAUCUGGCUCUAAUAACAGAGAAGAAUCUCCUCAACAGUCGUGGUGGUAUGCAUCAGGAUCAGUUGAUUCUCACCAACAGGCAUCUUCUCCGGCGUCCCAGAACCAGUCGAGUCCAGAUCCGGAGCAAGGCACACAGCAGGCAAAUGGUAUUCAGAGUCAUCAGUCCUUGCAGUCGCAGGAGCAGAAUCAGGCCAUACAACAGCAAGGCCAGAUACAGCAGCUCAUCCAACUGAACCUAAGGAAGGAGUUGCAGCAAGCACAGACUUUGCAGCAAACCUUGCAACAGCAGCAGCAGCAAAAUCAACAACAAACAUUGCAGCAGAUGCUGCAACAACAACAACAGCAACAACAACAACAACAACAGCAGCAGCAACAGCAACAACAACAACAGCAACAGCAACAACAGCAGCAACAGCUGCAACAGAGUUUACAGCAGACAUUGAGCCAAGCUCAAGCGCAGGCCCUCGUACAAGCGCAAGCUGUGUUGCAGCAACAAGUUGCUCAGACAUUGCAGCAACAGCAACAAACGCUGCAGGACCACUUGCAGGCUGUACAGCAACAACAAAUACAGGCUGCAUUGCAACAACAAUCUGCAACAUUACAAGAGCUGCAGCAGCAAGCCCAGCAGCAACAGCAGGCAUUAAUAGCGCAGUCGGCGAAUAAGACCGCCGCGAAGAUGCCGCGCGCACGCGCGUACAACAAGCCGCGCGGUCGCAUGACCGCCUACGCCUUCUUCGUACAAACCUGUCGCGAGGAACAUAAGAAGAAACACCCUGAUGAGAAUGUUGUGUUUGCUGCCUUCUCCAAGAAGUGUGCGGAGCGAUGGAAUACGAUGUCAGAAAAGGAGAAGCAGAGGUUCCACGAGAUGGCAGAGCAGGACAAGAAGCGGUACGACCUGGAGAUGCAGAGCUACGUGCCGCCGAAGGACGUGAAGAUCGGCCGCGGGCGCCGCCGCCAGCAGUACAAGGACCCCAACGCGCCGAAGCGAUCGCUGUCGGCGUUCUUCUGGUUCUGCAACGACGAGCGCUCGAAGGUGAAGGCCAACAACCCCGAGUACUCGAUGGGCGACAUCGCCAAGGAGCUCGGCCGGCGCUGGGCCGCCGCCGACCCGGAGACCAAGUCCAAGUACGAGGCGCUCUCCGAGCAGGACAAAGCGAGAUAUGACAGGGAGAUGACGGCGUACAAAAAGGGGCCACUAGGCUUAGUCCAGCAGCCGCAGCACCAGGAGGUCGAGGACGUCGGGGACUUCGAGGCCGACGAGGAGUACAAGUGAAGUGUUCGUGACUAGUGGUAUCGUACGGAACUGUUCCUUUGCGUAUGGUACUGUCGGCCCGGCCGCGCGUUCGCAGCACAGAACUUUACAUACAAACCUAUCAUUUCCUCGAGAUGCCAUGUCUAUAUGCGUCUAUAUUGUUAAUUAUACUUUUUUAUACUUGGUUUGAAAAAUUUCCCUUUCACAGUUACUUUCGUUGAUGGCUCCUAUAACAAUAAUUAAAACAUUUACCUAUGGUUAAAAAUUAAAACCAAUAUUUUCGUUUACGUGUGACUUUUUAAGACCUGAAUGGAACAGAUUUUGGUCAAAAUAUUUAAAUAUUAGAUUAAUUGGACCAUAGUUGUUAUUCUGGAUUAUUUUUAGGAAGUUUGAAGGUACUUAGUUUUCCAACUAACCUGCUUUCUUUACUGUACUCAUCUCUAAUCGUUUGAAUGCUGGACACAUGUCAUCUUUACCCUCGUUUUAUCCAUCUCGCGAAAUGAAUGUCAUUGUAACAGUUCUGUGUUGCGGCAACUAGCGAGAGAACGCUCAGGGCCUUAUUGUUUGAUUUUGGCAGAAUACUCGUGUGGUACCUGUACUGGUUGCAGGAGGCCAGUAUUAAUUCAACAUUAGGCUAAUACUAAAUUGCUAUGCGUCCAGGUUAGUCAAGUUUAUUGACAUUGGAGCAAAAAUUGAUAUAGCCAGUUUGGAAAAAGAUGAGAUGUCAAAACGUAGUGCUUGUAUUCAAAACUUUUUUUUCUCCACACUUGGGCCCUCUACUAACUUAGCAGGAAGGAUUCAGUGCGGCAUUAGUACUGCUACUUGAUUUCGGUUGGGGGGGGGGGGGGGGAGAGAAAUACAGUGCACUGUAUCGAUACUAAACCUACAAGUCAGUCUGGUGCCUCACGUGUACAGUAUUCUUUGGGUAUUAAAAUAUGAAUACUUCUUAUGUCGUUAAAGAUGGUGAGGAUAGAUUCUUAAAUUGUAAUUCUACAUUGACAUUGGAUCACAGCCAAAUUAGAAGUAGCUGAGAAGAGAUUGGGCCCAGUUUUAGCUACAAUUUCUCGCAAUACAAACUGCACCUGAAAAUUCAUUCAAUUGUAUGAAAUAUUUUCAAACAAUAGUUAAUGACUUUUCUCGUGUAUUUAAUUACUGCACUUACGCAAUGUACUUCAGAAUGUACGCAAUUUUUGCUCCGAUUAGAAGAGACUUGUUGUGCGAUGUCAGAUGUAAUGCGAAUUUUGCGGUACAGUAGAUGAAUCUGUGGGACAUGGUAGCGUAUUGUUGUGAUGUAUUACGUGAAAGUGUUCCUAUAAGGGUAAUUAUUGUAGCCUUUGUUCCGAAUCAAUUUCAUGGGCACAUACAUAUAAAUGACAGUAAAUUAUAUUGACUUUUCUAUUGGUCUACCAAGUGGUAAGUACCUAAGGUGGUGGCUAAGUUAUUAUGCUUAUUUAUAGUCUGGUUGAAGGCUUGCCCUGCGCGCGGCUGUUUUGUAUUAUGGUAAAUUCAUUACUUGAACUAGAUUUCGUCCCAAAGCUAAGCUGCCAACCAGAAAACCACUGCGUAACUACUUUAAAAACCACCUUAGUUAUUUAGCAGGCCUAGUAUGGUUGCAGUAUUCGGUCAGAUAAUGGAAAUUACAUUAAAAUCUACAGCCAAUUACCGGAUAGUAAAUAUGUCCACGGAAUUGAACCGGUGGAUGACAUAUUACCUACUUACCUGGAUGUAUAGUUAAUCUGAAUCUAUGGUUUUAUACUUCAAAGGUUGACCCAGUUUGCCUUGAAACUUUUAUACAUUAUUCGUAUAUUUUUAUACAAUCACAUGCCA